AUGCAGGGGAUCGAGUGUCCCGACUCCGAGCCCGCUCCGGAGGCGUCGCGCAGGUAUUACGUGGGGACGAGCGCGCUGAAUCUGUUUCGUGAGGGGAUGGAGGUCAAGUGUCCCGUCCAGGACGGGUUGAUUCAAGACUGGGAUUGCGCGUCGAAGCUGUACGAUUUUGCGCUGAGGGAGGUGUUGCGGGUGAACCCGAGGGAGCACCCGGUGUUGCUGAGCGAGCCGGGAUUCAACACGUCCGCGCUGCGGGAGAAGACCACCGAGUUCUUCUUCGAGCACUACCAGGUGCCGGCGUUCUUCCUGUGCAAGAAUCGCGUGCUUUCGUCGUUCGUGUACGGGAGAGCGACGUCGGCGGUGGUCGAGUCCGGGGGCGGGACGACGGUGGUGACGCCCGUUCACAACGGGUACGCCCUGACGAAGGCGAUCGUUCGGUCUCCGCUGGCCGGGGACGAGUUGACGCGCAUUUACAGACACGUAGUCGAGAAGGCCGGAAUCGAGAUUCGGCCGGGGUACAUGUUGAACAAGAAGCAGGCGGAGAGCGGCGAGUUCAAGGUCUCGCUCAAGAACUUGGCGGGGGUGACGGAGUCGUUUCACAGCUACCAGGUGAACCAGAUACUGCAGUCUCUGAAGGAGGAGACCUGCCAGACGAUUUCUCCGGCGGAACACAAAUUCCGGAUUCCGGAAAUUCUGUUCAACCCGUCCCGCUUCGUGCCGGCGGAUUACCCGAGGUACGAGGAGUUCCGGGCGUUGCCGGGCAUCCACCAGAUGCUGGUCAACAGCAUCUCGGCGUGCGACAGCGACAUCAGGAAGGACCUGUACCAGAACAUCGCCAUUUGCGGCGGCAACACGCUGUUUCCGGAGUUCCAGGACCGGUUCAUCGCAGAGGUCAACACGCUCACGGCGCAGCAGAAGAAGAUCAGGAACCAGAGCCUGCCGUUCAACGCGGAGAGGAAGUACUCGGUGUUCAUUGGCGGGUCCAUACUGGGUUGUUUGGGAACGUUUCACCUCAUGUGGAUCAGCAAGCAGGAAUAUGAGGAACACGGGAGAAGCAUAGCGGAUCGGAAGUGUCCGUAG